AUGGAACAAGAUACUGGAGACAGGCAUAAGAAACAAGAUUAUCUGAAGAGAGAAAUCCUGGAUAAGAAUUACGACAAGGCAGAAUUUGCAGAGUUCAUGCUUAAGCAAAAAACUGAUGGUCUUAACGUUGACAAUUGGGACCACAAAGAGUUAAUCAUGGCGGUAGAUGAUUUCGUCAGGACUCAUAAGCAAGUUCCAAUGGAGUAUGUUGACCCUUAUAAUGAGGAAGCAACACCGACAAAGGAUCGAUCUGAUUCUUCUUUCGGAGAGAAUCAGUAUAUGAAUACUGAUGAGAUUGAUUCAGAUACAUAUCUGAAUGAAGGAGACCAAAGCAAUCAAAGCUAUGAUAAUUAUGGACAGAAUGAAGGAUAUAAUCCUUACGAUUAUCCUCAGGAUAAUUAUGAGAACAGCCAAGGCCCUCAAGAUUACUACAACCAGGACCAAAAGAUAGAACAGACUGAUCCAAAUGCUGGAUUUCCUGAAGUGAGCCAAGAGCCUGCUCCACAAGCUGUUAUUCCAUCCACAGGAAAUAGCACUGGUACUUCUGACAUUUCAGGCCAGCCAUCAGACAACAAAUUCAAGGAGAUCCACCAACAUCAGGAACAAGAGAGGGAGAGGAUCAGGAAAGAGGAAGAAGAAGAGUCCAAAAAGCUAGAAGAAGAGAAGAAAAAGGAGGAAAAACAAGCUAAAAAGAAGGAAAGAAAAGCUAAGAAAGAAGAGAGAGAUGAGAAGGAAAUACAAGAGAAGUUGCAGCUAGAGAGUAUCCUAACUCAAGCUUUCAAUAAUGAGACUAUGUUCGCUCCUGCAAAGAAUUUUGCAGAUAUGAAACCUAAGCAUGCUAUGGAAUAUAGGAUUAAGAAGGAUAAAUUCGAUUGUGUGAAGCUUCCGAAGACCAAACUUAACCAAGAGAGAGAAAUUACAAUCUUGGUGAGCCAGCCAGAAGUAAUUGAUGAAGGCUUCUUUCUGGGUAAACAUCUUUGCUUCACUGUUGAGACUAGGCCUUUGGGGUGGGUAGUCACGAGAAAAGAUAAGGAUUUUAAUGUAUUGAGAGAUUACUUAGUAAAAGCCUUCCCCCACCUUGUAAUUCCUGCAGUCCCAGAAUUCCACAGUUGAAAAUCCAUGGAUAAGUCUAUGACAAAGAAGAGAGAAAAUCUAUUGAAUAGGUUUAUGAAUAAGAUAUUGGUCCAGAAAGAUUUGAAAGCAAGCCCAGUUGUUCUAGACUUUUUAAGCUAUGAGGACUCACAAGCCUUCACAAAGCAGCUUAAGCAAAGCUUUGAUUCCGCUCCGAAGUUAAGAUAUGUGCACGAGUUUCCUUCUGUUUCUGGAAAUCAUAAAGUAAAUAUUACCAAGAAAAUAGAGAUGAUGUGAAAUCAAUAUGAAAAAUAUGUGAACAGCCAUGAAUGCUUGUUCAAAAAGUACCAUUUCUUAGGAAGAAAACUCAGUAGUGAUCUAAUGGAGGUGGCCAAAACUCUCGAUGCUAUAUCAUACUGUUCCAAGAACCUCUCAACAAUGUACAAGAUGGGAAAUUCUAGUGAGAUGGCUGAGAUUUAUGACAACUUAAGUGAUCACUUUAAGAAAUGGUGCAAAGACAUGCAUCAUGAGGCCAAGAUAAACUUGAGACAUAUUCCCCAGUACUUCAACUACAGCUCUUUAGAAUUUGAGGGGUAUAAAGAUCUUCUCAACAAGAGAAACAAAAUCGUAGAGAAGUUUAUCUCAAAGAACAAUGAUCUUCAAGUGAAGAAGGACAAAUUGUUCAAAGCAGGAAAGCCAGAGAAAUGGGAGCUUAGUGGCGAAGACAUGAAGAGAGUUACGAGCCUGCUCAAUGAUAAGACAGAAGCUUUUAAAGUUAUGCUUCCAGAACAGACCAAACAGGUAGAUGAUUAUGAGAAGACUUAUGUCUUUCUAUCAAGUCAGUGUUAUAAGGAGAUCAGAAAGUUUAACAAGGACGAAGUUGAUGAUUUAUAUGAGCAUUUCAAGGAGUAUACAGCUAAGAUGGGCGAGAUCUUGACAACUGAGCAGCUUGAUUGGGCAUCCUUCGAUGAAAAGCUACAUGAAAGAGAAAUUGGAGAGUCAGAGGAAGAUUCUAAAGUUGACAUUUAA